AUGGAAAGAGGUAGAAGGGUCGAGGCUAAGUCGCCUGACAAUUGCUGGUACAUCGCACAGGUCAUCCACUUGCAGCUCGAUCCGAAGACAGGAGAUCUCGUGAAAGUGCAGGUCGAGUACCUGAAUGCAUAUCUCGAUAGCCAAGGCGAAAAGCAACAUCUUCGAAAACACUGCAAGCUUAACGAGGUCAAACUUAUGACUGGACUUACAUCGCCAUGCAUGCGAGACUGCCACGGCAUACCAUACUACGCUGGGACACCUCAGGUGAAGUCGGAUGGCAAGAUGAAGAAGAAACUCGGCGAGCGCGUCGAUCAGAAGGUGAAGACGAAAGCAGAUGUCAAGGCAUGGUAUGAGGAGCAACUCACCAUCGAAGGUCAAACUCGUCACUACGCAAAAGAGGAUGCACUACUCAAAGCGCCGACACGGACACGAGAAGAGGAGGAAUUCCUGGUGUUCCGGAGCGAGUGCCACGCAGCCCAUCAGCAAGCUGGUAACUUUGUGCACAGUCUCGCAAAGGCCAAUCUGGAUGGGGAAGCAUUCUUGCAGCAACCUGAGCUACUGCGACAAGUGCAGCUAUGA